GUUCGUGUUGUUUAUUUCACSAUUGAGAUUUCAAGAUGGCUUUCGAUGCUCGGAUGURCAUCUUUCUCCUGUUUUUUAGCGCUCAUUUGGCGCUCAGUCGUAAAUGUCCUUGCUUUUACCCCAAUCAAUGCAAACGUAUAACGAAAGUUCGGGAUACUGAAGUCUAUUUUUGGACUGCCAUUCCCAAGAUGUGGAAACACUUUGACUGGACCAGAAUUACUACUCUUGCACUYUUUACACCGUGGGAUGACGAMCUMAUGUGCUAUGCGCAUUUAAAGGGCGUUCGUAUUUUAAUGGCAACAGACUAUCCAACUGCAAAACUCAACAACACUGAAGAAAGAAAAGCAUGGGUUCAAAAUAAUACACAGUUUGCRGUUGAUAACUUUGCAGACGGGAUAAAUAUUGAUAUUGAAGGCACAAUAGAGAAGGGGUCUAAAGAGGUYGGUUUACUGACUGAACUUGUAAAAGAAACGGUGGAUUCCUUCAAAAAGGCUAUUCCUGGAUCACAGGUCACAUUUGAUGUARMYUCUUCACCAGAAUGCACUCCCGGUGGAAGAUGCUAUGACUACAAGGCUCUUGCUGAUAUUCUAGACUUCUUAAUUAUCAUGGCUUAUGAUGAAACAGGGUUUGCCAGAAUUGCUGGRCCAAAUUCUCCUUAUGACAGAACUGCGAAAUAUGUYGAAGAGUACAAAAAGCUGAAUAUAAGUACAAACAAGUUGGUGCUUGGUCUUCCAUGGUACGGCUAUGACUAYACUUGCGUCAAGUACAAYAUUACCGAUGGAACUUGCAUUACAAACUGCAGCACUUCAUCUCCAUGCAAAMAGAUCACAUUCUCUACUGCUCAGGAUCUUCUAGUAACUAGAACUGACUUUGGUCGAGAAUGGAACCCUACUUCCCUGUCACCAUACUUCUGGUAUUAUGAUGAGUAUGCUGGUGUUCAUCAAGUGUGGUAUGAUGAUGUUUACAGCCUGAGCAUUAAAUACCGAUAUGCAUUGGAAGAUCAGAAAAUGAAGGGGAUUGCCAUUUGGGACGCAGAUAAGCUGGAUUACGGCGGAACUAAGAGAGGCAGUUUACAAACAAGCAAUAUGUGGAAGAUUUUACCCAGUGUCCCUCCCACUCCUGUUGGCCAGGAAAUUGUUUUUUGAAAAAUUGACUCUAUUUUUUAUUAUUUUUAUACGCUCAAUUGUGAAAUAAAUAAAAAAUUAGCUGUAGAAAUACGUUUUUAAUAAAAAAGGAUGACAGACA